CAAUUUCACUACUCACGGUUUUCCUUUUGAUCCCUCUCUCUCUAUCUAUCAAGUACUUGAUCGAUCUCCUCAAACCCCUAUUGGUUAAGUACACUGUUCUCUGAUCAUCUUUGUCUGAUCAAUGACUUCAACUAAUUUUCAUUCACCUUCUACUUCUUUCCCUUUAGGGCUUCAUGAAGAAGAUCAUCAACACCUCUUCUAUUUAAAACCACAAGCUUCAUCCUUGUCUUCAUCUUCAUCAUGUCCUCUUUCAAAUUCAAUCUUAUUCAAUUCUAAUCAAGAACAAGGAGAACCAUGUUAUUACAGGGAAUCGCAACAGAUACAACAUCAGGGCAAUAUAUUUGUUUCACACAACGGAUCAUGUGAUCGCCCAUCGAUGCUAAAGACUGAGAAUACUAAUAGUGACAACAAAUUAUGUAUUGAUUGGAAGAACGACGAUGGAAAUGGAAAUGGAAAUGGAAAUCCGAGUGAGAGUAGUAGCUCAGUCAAGUGGAUGUCAUCAAAGAUGAGGUUGAUGGAGAAGAUGAUGAAUUCAAAUCAAAUAGUGGUCACAGAUCACUCUACUCAUUCGUCGGAGACUCAGAAGCACCGAUCAACAACUUCACAAACUGAUAAUCACAAAGAAAUUAACAAUCCCUACAUCAAUAGCAACAACGCAAUUAGGGUUUGUACUGAUUGCAACACAACUAAGACCCCUCUUUGGAGAAGUGGACCUACAGGUCCCAAGUCACUUUGCAACGCCUGCGGGAUAAGGCAAAGAAAGGCGAGGAGAGCUAUGGCGAAGCCUGCAAAUGGUGCAGUUGAAACACCACCACCACUAACAACAAGUAUGAAGAAGAGUACUGACCAUAAAGUGAAGAACAAAAACAAAAGAUCAUCAGAUGAAAGUUACAGUACUCUUCCAAUCAAGAAAAGGUACAAGCUCACUUCCCAACCUAGUCGAGGAAGAAAGAAAAUAUGUUUCGAAGAUUUGCAGAUGAUAUUAAGCAAGAACAGCACAGCUUAUCAGCAAGUAUUUCCUCAAGACGAGAAAGAAGCCGCAAUCCUGCUAAUGGCUUUAUCUUAUGGCCUUAUUCGUGGUUAAUUGAGUACUAUUAGUAUUAUAGAUAUCUAGCUAGCUAGAGUCGUGUGUGUGUGUGUGUGAAAGCUUGUCAGUAGUGAUAUAAGAGAGAAUUUUAGUAAUGAGAUUGAAUAUAUAUAUAUAUAGUAGUGUGAUCAUAUCUCUUUGGGAUAUAGUUGGGUUUUGAAGAGGUUGAUAACUAAGAUUUUGGGUCCCUUGUUCACCUACAUUUCUUAUUAUGUUUUGGAAAAUCAAUAAAUUUACUAAGGGUAC